AUGUCGCAACACAACUACACGAAUCCGGCAUUUUGUCAGGGCAGUGAAUUUUACCCUACACACGGCAUCGAAUUGGAUUCGGUGCAACAGCCCGUCGAAGCGAUCUACAAUCGGAGCUUGAAUAUUUCUUAUGGCGGUCAUACGACGCAGACAAAUACACGCGUUGGUCCCCUACGUCUUCAGCGAAGCAUGUCGACGCGUUCGGUUAACACGCAAAAACGCCAGAAAACAACAAAUCUACCUGAAGUACACUCAAGUCGUCCACCGAAACCGCACCAAUACCAACUACAACAACCGCAGCAGCUACAGCAACGCCCGAAGCAACAUAUUCCACAACAACAUUUCAUAAAAGGCCAAGCUUCUGCAACGCCUGCGCGUACAAACAACUUUAAUGCCGUUACCGAGCCAACGAAUUUCGAAACGCGUUCGAAUUCCGGCCGUUACGCGCUCGUGCCGUUAGAGGAUUUGCCUACGGCUGUUAAUAGUAGUAAUAACAACCGUUACGCAAUUGUGCCAGGUCCAAGCGCGCCGUUGACCACGUUACGGCGCUACGCAAAAUCUCAGGAUCACCUCGAUUGUUAUGGCUCUGAAGGACGCUUACACAGUGACGAUGAACCCGCCUCAUUUCACGAGGAACCCAACUCAUUCCAUGGUCAAACCGCCGAGGCGACUUUCACGAGUCUACCGCCGGUCUUUGAACGUGGCCGAGCAACACAUCCCAUUGCGAAGCAGCCACAGGCGUUGACGCCGAAGAUUAAGCAUGCUUUCUCCAGCGAUUUCGGCAGUAAAACCUUCUUGAUUGUGGAUAAGAAUAGCAAUCAACGCUAUCAAAUGGUACCCACGGCGGAGAAUGAAGAGCUGGUCGAUGACAAUCAGGAGAUCAUACAAAUGCAUAAUGGACGUGCGCAUCGCUAUGCGGUCAUACCAACCGAAGAGGAGGAGGAAAACAUGCUAGCCGCAGAGGAUGAGGAGGAAGAGACGUGCCUGAGCAAUCCCGAUUUGAAUCGCAGCGAGAACUUCUUUGUUAGCAAUACCAUGAAAACACCGCGAAACACAACGAUGCGCACAUCAACACCACAGAAACUGCCAGCAACGACGCACGCACCCAGUGGCAACACCUCCUACCCUGGUACGCCCAUGAAAAAUCCCGUGGCUACAAAAAUGUUGCACGAAUUACUUUCGACGCCACGUAAAACACCGUUGCCGCGUAGCGUAACACCACGCAAUUUGUCGCCCAUGGAACGUGUGCCGGAGCACCAACAACCAGAGCAACAACGUACCAAAUACCAUUAUCGAAGCCAACAACAAUUGUACUAUACGCCUGGUGAGCGACGCGUUGAACGCACCGCACAGAGUUUACACUACGAAUCGGUGAAGACGCAAGGUGAUCGCACUAUGGCGGUCAUAACACCACGCAUCACCGCACAUCAAACGAAAGUCUAUCCGGAAGUGGAGGAGGAGGACUGCAGCAGCAUACACGGCAAGUCCACCAACAACACCACCACGCCCUAUCCGCAAAAGGUGGCCAACGCAACAAUCACACUGGCCAUUGUCUCGCUCAUGAUGGUGAUCAGCAACAGCAUGAACUCGGCGCUCAUCAUCUACAUGAUUGCGCAUUUUGGCAAGUACUUUUAUCUGCAAUACAGCUUGGUGGCCGCCUUCAGUGGCGUCGGUCUUGGCUUUCUCGGUUUUCGCUCGCGUCACUGCGAGUGGCUGCCGAAUCGCAGCUACAUUUCCGGUUACAUCCUGUUAACGGUUUUCAGUUUGCUGAAAUGUUGUUGUCUUGUGGUUAUUCUCGUGCUGGAUCCCUACCCGGGACUGCCACUGCACGAUGUCACCACCGGCAUUAUAUUGGGUCUCUCCACAUUCACGAUUUUCUUCAUCGGCCUAGGCGUGAUCGGCUCACUUUGGUGCUACCGACCGCCACCAGAUAAUCGCGUUAAUGUGGCCUAA